AUGACAAGUUUUGAAAUAUUUGUUUAUGCUGAAGAAAAUUGGAUAGUAUCAGCAACAAUCUAUAUAUCCAUUAGUACAUUUUUUUAUAUACCAAAUAUAUUAAUUUUAAUUUUUACAAGUACAAGAUCAAAAAUAAGAACUGAUACAUUUCGUGUUAUUGUUACAGCAACUAUAACAUCAAUUAUGUCACUUUUUUUAUAUACAUUAUGUGCAUAUUUAUGGUGGUUUAGUUAUAUUACUGAAACAAGAAUACCUUUAAAAUUGUCAAAUACCAUAUGUCAGAUAAGAUUUCUUGGACAAAAUCUUAUAUUUGCUGUACCAUUUGUUGUCUCUGUUUGGAGGUUUAAUAUUUUAAUCACAAAAUUAACCUAUAAUUUUAUUUAUUAUAUUUUAUUAUUUUUUAUAUCUAUGUGUCCUACAAUUUAUUCAUUUUUAGAUUCAGUUGUUAUAUCAAAUUCUGUUCAAGUUAAUGAUAUAUUUUCAUAUAAUAUAGCAUACACUUCACCAUUUAUAUCAUUUUUAUAUUUUACUACACAAAUAUUAUGCCCAUGUAUAUCAUUAUUAUUAAGUUAUCUUAUUCUUGCAAAAGUAAGAAAACAUAUUAAAAUGACUCAAAAAAUUACAGGAACCGAUAAUCAUAUGAAAUAUUUAACAUAUUCAUUGAUAAUCAAUUCAACAUUACCUUUAAUUGGUGGAACACCAAAUUUUAUAUGUUACACAUUAUUUUCAUUUGGGUUUACAAUUAAGAGAAUAUAUUGGAAUUUUUCUGAGGCCAUGGUAUUAUUACUGGGUGGUAUGACACCAUUAUUAAUGAUUGCUUUUUUACCAUCUUUUAAAUCACAAUUGAUAUCAUUUUUAUGUUGUAAAGAAAAUCAGAUUAUGAAUGUUUCUCAAUUAAUAACUGCAACUACUCCUGCUAAACUUAAAAGUACUUUUAGAAGUAAACGUAUAAAUUAA